AUGUCUGAUUCGGCUGGUUUGCAUGGGAGUACCGCGAUGCAAGAUCCAGAUAGCACUUUAGUCGAGGAAAGGUUGGCGGCUACGCCAAAAGUUAUCAACAAGGUCAGCAAGAAAGGUUUCAAGCCCCCUUUCAGUGUUAAGUUAAAGAGGGGAGCUAUCUGCCGAGAUGGCGCAGGUACUGAUUUGGGAGAAGAGCUGCGUCUUCGGGAGCGCGCCCUUGACGCAGAGUUACGGCAACGCGCGACGCAGGAGACGUUGCUGAGGCGCGCAGUAAAGAUAGCCGAGUCGUACGAGCAAUUGAGGCAGAAUGACAGUUUAAUUGAAAAGUGGCGCGGGGUAUGUCAGGCAGCCAUGGCGUACAUCCUUAACUCGAUGAUGUUGAAGAUCGGGAGGAUGGGCGGCUACAAAGAGUUCAAACGUAAAGAGGUGGAGCGCAUGAAAAGACAGGUGGAAUACCAGACUAAUGACGGCGUGGAAGACCAGAUUGCAGAACUGCUUGAAAGCGACGAGUUUUUGCGGCUGCCGUUGGAUGAGCAGGAAGAAAUACGGGAGCGUAUGCAAGAGCGGCGCGAAGAGGCCGAGAGAGCAAGAGAACGGGAGCUAGCGAAGCUGGAUGCGGAGCUAGCAGCUACCGAAGGCGAGGAGAUGACCAUGGAGGAGCUGGCCACUCGACUAAAAGUCGACUACAAUAUGGUGUAUCCACCAUGA